AGAGAUGGAAAUGACGGUUCAGGUAAAGACAGAUUUAUAUUUUUACAACUUGCGAAGAUUUUGUACUUUAAAUUUGAACGUUUCAGUCAUGGAGGAGUAUUAUUGCCCAGAUAUGGAACAAGUCACGCCCACGUGACCUGUGACCCUUGAGACUAACCUGGACCUUACGUAAUGGUUCCCACAGCAACCGAUUUGGCGUCACUGCUCGACUUUCAAAUUCAUGACUACGCGUUUCUCUUCGAAGAGAUUUCAGGUCCCACAUCAGACAAAGAGGCACCCGCGGUGGACACAUGAGGACAUGUUUAUGAGGGACGGUCCACCUCUCGUUUUUCCCCGUUUAACCGCGUCUUUGCGGAGCUGGACCUGAGGAACGUCUCCGCCGUUGUGUGGCUAGGUCUGUUGUUGUUAGCCUUCGUUGGUCGGCCAACAUGGCUGAGGACGACAGCGAGUGGAUAGUAGAGAGUCUCGUGGGCUACCUGGGAAGUCCCGAAUGGGUCACUCCUGUCACGGACUUCAUGGAAAACAAAUGCACAGUUUUUGAUGAUGAAGAUGAAAAUAAGUUGUCAUAUACAGAAAUCCACGAGCAGUAUAAGAAAUUGGUGGAGAAGCUGUUGGAGACCUACAUGCAAGAGGUUGGCAUUAACGAGCAGCAGUUACUGGGUGCAUGCGCCUCUCCCUUUACCAAGUCCAGAUCUUUGCAGUCUGUGUUCCAGCCAAUUUUUGCUACAGAUGACUUCCAGAUAUUUCGCUCCUUAAUGGUUCAGAAGAACAUGGAGCUGCAGCUUCAAGCUCUCAGGGUCCUGAAAGAACAGAACGGAGCCCUCCCAGAGUGUCUGACUGACGGUGUCGACGUGAUGACUGAGUUGGAGCAAGAAGAGAUGAAAAUCCUUGAGCAGGUUCUUAAAAAAUCUAGAGAAGAAUAUGAUGAAGAGAUGUCCAAGAGGCUGCUAUUAGAGGAGGAGGUUGGCUCCACGUCCAGCAGCUGCUCUGAUAAGCCAAUAAAAGAACGUGAUGAUGCUGAGGACACCUCAUCAUCUCCAUGCCAACAAAGCAACACUUCCAAACCCACAUCAGAUUGUGGCACAAACAGCGUCCAGUCCAGAGUCCUUCCAGCUGUGAGAUCCUCUGUAAAGUUUAGUGGCACCAGUUGUCCUCAUUCAGAGGAGCAGAGCAGCAGCAGCAGGUGUGCAAUAGCUGAGACCAACCUGAAGGAGGUGCAAAAGGAAGACGAGCUGCAGCAGAGGGCGGCGUAUCUGCGUCAGCAGCGGGACAAGCUGCAUGAGUUGAAAAAAGAACAGCAGAAAAACAAAGAGACUACUACACCAGAGGAGGCGCUGGCCAAUCCCACACCAGCACCCUCCACGCCCCCGGAGGCAGCAGGACAGCCCCAGCUGAACGGGGCCAGUUCCCCUCCUCCUGCUCCUCCUUCAACACAACACUCCACCAAGCAGAAGGAGAAAUCUGCUGAGGAGAGGAAAAGGCUACAGAAGAGAAAGCAUCUGGCCGACAAGCUGAAAGAAGAAGUAAUCAAGAAAUAAUCUCGCCUCCAGUAAAAACGGUUUUAUUUGAAAAUACACCUGCUGUAGUCAGUUUUGAUGCUUUCUUAAGAGCAAACCAGUGCAUUUUUUCAGGGGGGGGGGGGGGGGGGGUUGCCACUCAAGUAUUUGAAGAUGAGAUAACCCUCAUUUAUUCGACCAUCUUUAGAAAUAUGCAGCGACACAACAUUGGUGCACAGUGGGAUCUCCAGAUUCAGAACUGUGCUGAUUACCAAAAUCACCUUUGCUCACUAGUUCAUGAAAAUCUCCAGAUUUAUAAGUCGAUUAAGCAAUGGACACAUAGCAGUCUCAAAAUGUAAUGUUUUUGGCCUCUGAAAUCAGUCCUUGAGUUUGAGGUGUGUUUUUUAUUUUACAGUUCUUCUAAACUUCACAACUACGAUCGAGGCUUGAUCUGUUACUGUAAAUAUACAAAAUGAUUGUAUUUCUCUAGAUGACAGCUGCUAUUCUAUUUAAACAUGAAUGACAGCUCGGAUCAGAGUGAUCCUAGUUGUGCUGGAGGUGGCGUUAGCAUAUAUCACUUCCUGCUUCUUCCACACUUUUACUCUAUUACGUUAUUCUAAAGGGGCCAAGACAAUGGUGUGUUGCUUUCUAUGAGUGCAGUAUGUUUCCAAAGCAGUCAGCAACUUUCACUUUGAGCAAUCAUGUUGCACCAGUUUCUAUAUAUGUAAAAAUUAUUACGUAUGCCGUUUUAAUAAAUCACAUUUUGUAGAAACAACCUGAUCUCCAGACUUUUAGGUGUUUAAACGACUCGAGGCGAGUCAGUCACACCUCAGCUGUUGCAAUCUUCUAAAGAUAGCCCUUUAAGUCACUAACUACCAUUUGAAUUGAAAUGAGCUGAUAAAAACAAAACUGAAUCAAUGUCAGGGUCACAUUUAAUUUCAAAACUUAAUAAAAUCAUACAAAUGUUAAGAAUAUGGAUAGUGGUAGUAAAUGCACUUGGUACAAAUUCAGAGAGCAGAAACAGUCGUUGGGUGAUGCCGACAGACAGGAAAUGACAUUCCACCGCUCAGCGUUGGCAACAACUUUACUUGUGCUCCAACUCUACUGCCUUAAGUGCGAACUGGAAUUUAGUUUUGAAUCCCUUCAUCUGAUUUUGUGUGUUUUUGGUGAGCUCAGGACAAAGAAAAACAUCCUGCUGUUUUGACAACACAGAAAAUUUGCACCACCUCAACUGCAGCACCAAAUCAUUUUUUAAUCACAACUAAUAAAAACAGCUCACCCAUUCUUUCAUUUUUCACAAGUUUUCCUUCAGCUUCUUUUGAGCUGCAGACACGUUCUACAGAACUAAACUCACCGCGGUGUGGAGAUGAUGGAACCUUCAAACUGAGCUGAUGACGUUACAGUGCACGGACGAGGUUGGAAAUUAAACUAAACCUGAGAUCUGUCUGAGAGCAGAGCGACGUGACCUCCUGGGACUAAAGUGGGCUCUAAAUCUACUUAAAGCACAACAGCUUGUCUCUACCGCCCUGUUAAAACUAAAUGAGCUGUCAUCGGGUGUAAAUCAUAACACUAAAUUCUUAAAUUGACUAAAAUACAAAACUCCAGACAUCCUCAAAAUGUUAGCUGCAAAAGUGACUUUACUGCAGUCGUUUCAUUGUUAAAACCAGCAUUUGCAACCUUUUUCGCCAUGUUACACAGAAUCGAAUGAACUGGACUGAGUGAAAGAGCGCCCAACCUUUCUUUUGACAAAAAACUCCAAUAACAGGCAGGCACUCUCCUCUUUUCAGAACCACAAGUGAAAAAUAAUUAAAAAGGGGAAAAACUAUGUACAAUACUUUAACAAACUCUUUAAAUACAAGACUUGUGGCGUACACAAUCCUGUGAGACUUUGUGUGCCGUGGCCAAGCGGAUGCCAUGGCUUUAAAGGAUUGAGUCCUGCUCUACUCGGUCUAAGCAUCGUUACAGCUCAGUUCAUCCAGGUUUGUUUUGUCACCUCCCUUCUCUUUAUAUUUAUACUUCUGUUUUCUAGAUCCUUCCAACUCUGCUGGGGUAGAACACACCCAGAGCAGCUUCAGCCAGUCAAGGUGUUCAUCGCCUUGACGGCUAGUCCCGCUAGCCUGAAUGGCCAGCUGAACAGUUUCUACACUGGCUGGUCGUGUUUUGGAGUCCUCUGCCUCUGGUGCUCGUUGGCUCAGUUUGGAAAAAGGAUGUAGCAGGCCGCUGCUGCGCCACUAAUUUAUUGUUACUGUUGCAACAAUAUGGUGAGAUUAAAAAAGAAAAUCACCUUGGAACUGAGAUUACCAGGAAGGAAAUUCUCUGAUCAAGAAAGAAAAGAUUCAGGGAUCUUAGGGAAUCAGCUGUGUAAAAAAAAAAAAACAAAAAAAAAAAAACAAUACAAAUAAA